AUGAGUUACAACCCUCAAGAUGGCAAGCCGCAGGUCCAGGCAUGUCGGUACAAGACCGGAAAGACCCUCGGCGCGGGUUCAUAUUCGGUGGUCAAGGAAUGCGUACAUAUCGACACAGGCAGAUACUAUGCCGCCAAGGUGAUAAACAAAAGGCUGAUGGCAGGAAGAGAGCAUAUGGUGCGCAAUGAGAUCGCGGUCCUGAAACGAGUCUCGAUGGGUCAUCAAAACAUCCUCACGCUGGUCGACUACUUCGAGACACUCAACAAUCUAUAUCUAGUGACAGAUCUCGCCCUCGGAGGAGAACUAUUCGAUCGUAUCUGCCGAAAAGGAUCAUACUACGAAUCAGAUGCGGCGGAGCUGAUACGAGCGACUCUCUCCGCAGUCGCAUAUCUCCACGAUCACGGAAUCGUACACAGAGAUUUGAAGCCAGAGAACCUGCUGUUUAGAACACCAGAAGAUAAUGCCGACCUAUUGAUCGCGGAUUUUGGACUCAGUCGAAUAAUGGACGAGGAGCAAUUUCAUGUCUUGACCACAACAUGCGGAACACCAGGCUACAUGGCGCCGGAGAUCUUCAAAAAGACAGGACACGGAAAACCCGUUGAUAUUUGGGCGAUUGGAGUCAUCACCUACUUCCUCCUCUGCGGUUACACACCUUUCGAUCGCGACUCCAAUCUCGAAGAAAUGCAAGCCAUCCUCGUCGCCGACUACUCCUUCACCCCCAUCGAAUACUGGCGCGGCGUCUCCCUCCAAGCCCGAGAAUUCAUCAAACGCUGUCUCACCAUCGACCCAACACAACGUAUGACCGCACACGAAGCACUCUCUCACCCCUUCGUCGCCGGCCUUACCACAGGCAGAGAAGGCAACACCGAAAAGGGCAGCGAUCUCCUUCCAGUCAUCAAGAAGAACUUCAACGCCCGCCGCACCCUCCACGCAGCCAUCGACACCGUCCGCGCCAUCAACAAACUCCGCGAAGGCUACGGCGGUAUGAUGGACGGCGUCACCUCCGAGAACCCAGCCGCAGGCGCCGCACCGCUACCCUCUCACCAGUACAAGACGGGAGGGACGGCCGACUCUGGCGUCGGCGGUAUGGGCGAUGCCGCGCAGACAGAUUCGGGAUAUGUGACGGGGACGGGUCAAUUAGGACAAGGCGCGUAUGAUAGCCAGGGCGAUGCGCAGAUGGGUGGGGUAGAAAGAUUCAGCGGGCAGGGACAGACGGAAGCGCAGAUCGAGGCGCAGACGAGGAAGAUUGCUGAGACGACGAAGGGGCUGUGGAGUGUUGGCCACGCGAAGGUUUCGGGGCGGUAG